UUUCAAUGUGUAGUCAGCUGCAACCUCGUUGUUUUGCGGAAAUUUGUUUGUGACACUCUCCAGACUGUAGAACUGAAGUCAUGGACCAGGAGCCAACUAUGUGGAUAAAGAAAGAGGGAAUGGAUGAAGUACAAACUGAGUCACACUGCAUGGCCCAAGAUUACCCAUGCAGCAUGAAUGUAAAAGAAGAGUUGGAGGAGGGUCUGAAUAAAGAGGCUAUUAAAGAUCCAUUGGGAGUAUCUUGGACCAGUGAGUUUAUCAAGGAGGAUCCUGAGCUAAAUUUGGAAAUGGAUGUAACUGAGAAUAUUAUGGAAGCCUCAACAAGAUAUGCAUCUGAUAGUGCAAGAUUGACUCAGAAUACUGGUGGGAGCUGUGGCAUAUCAUAUGAAGAAAUUUGUCACCAUGGACUGGUCCAGGAUGAGUUGGUGAUAGACAUGGAGAAGUUUGGUACCAAUACAGAAGAUGUGAUUAUUGAUAAGGAAUACUCAGUUGCCACCCAAUAUGACUGUAGUAAGAGGGAAAAGGAAUUACAUCUAUAUAGCUGUGAUUUCUGCCAACAGAUCUUUCCUUCAAAAUACAGAUUCGUAAUGCAUGUGUCUAUGCACACUGAUGGCACGCAACCACCUUUGUUUGUUUGUAAGUGGUGUGAUGAGGUAUUUCACAGUAAGGUUAGUUUGAAAAAACAUUUGAUAAUGAGAGAAAAUUAUCAUGUCUUAACUGCUGGCAACCAUGAAAAAUAUGGCUAUAGUGAUGAGCAUCAAAGCAGUAUCUUCUUGGAUAGUGAGCCAGAAGUUUCUGUUACAGAACACAUUGAACAGUCUUCAUAUAAGGAAACUAGGAAAGCUUCAAAGAAGCCCUCUAAUGACAUGUGUAACACACACAUGACAAAUGAUGCAGAGAAAACAAGCGCUAAUGGAAUUUUACCUACAGCUGUUAAUGUCAGUGCCGAGUGUGAUCUACAUACUGCAAACAGAACUGACAAAUGUGGUAUUUGUGGAAAAUGGUUUGCUAGGUCAGGCGAUCUCAAGGCAGACUCAUUAAUUCACACUGGAAUGAAACGUCACAAAUGUGAGAUUUGUGGGAAAUCCUUUACCGCGUUAGGUGAUCUCAAGAAGCACACUUUUAUCCACACUGGAAAUAAACCUCACAAAUGUGAGAUUUGUGGAAGAUGUUUUGCUAGAUCAGAUCACCUCAAGACUCACGUAUUAAUUCACACUGGAAAGAAACCUCACAAAUGUGAGAAUUGUGGGAAAUCGUUUGCCCAGUCAAGUACUCUCAUGACUCACUUAUUAAUUCACACUGGAAAGAAACCUCAUAAGUGUGAGAUUUGUGGAAAAUGUUUCGCUAGAUCAGAUUACCUCAAGACUCAUGUGGUAAUUCACACUGGAAAGAAACCUCACAAAUGUGAGAGCUGUGACAAAUCGUUUGCCCACUCAAGUACUCUCAUGACUCACAUUUUAAUUCACACUGGAAAGAAACCUCACAAAUGUGAGAUUUGUGGGAAAUGUUUUGCUUUGUCAAAGCUUCUCAAGACACACGCAUUAAUUCACACUGGAAAUAAACCUCACAUAUGUGAGAUUUGUAAGAAAUCUUUUGCUAGGUCAGGCACUCUGAAGAGGCAUGCAUUGAUUCACACUGGAAAGAAACCUCACAAAUGUGUGAAAUGUGGGAAAUCUUUUACUAGGUCAUUCACUCUCAAGAGGCAUAUAUUAAUUCAUACUGGAAAGAAAUUUCACAACUGUGAGAUUUAUGGGUAAUCUGUUGCUACGUCAAGCUAUCUCAACAGACCCCCAUUAAUUCACACUGGGAAGAAACCUCAUAAAUAUGUGAUUUAUGGGAAAUCUUUUGCUAGGUCAAGUACUCUCAAGAGGCAUGUAUUAAUUCGCACUGGAAAGAAACUUCACAAAUCUGAGAUUUGUGGGAAAUCUUUUGCUGAGUCAGGCGAUCUCAAGAAACUUGCAUUCAUAAACACAUCUGGAAAAGGCCUCACAAAUGUGUUAUUUAUGGCAAAUCAUUUGCUACAUCAGGUCAUCUCAAGACACAUGCAUUAGACCACAGUGGAAGUGGACCUCACAAAUGUGAUAUCUGUGACAGUUGGGUACUUUCAAGACAUAUGCAUUACUUCACAUCAGAAAGAAAUUACUAGUAAGUGUUAGUUUAUGAAUUUGUGCCCUCAGGGCCUAUAAAAUAAUGAAUGUAGUACAGGGACAAUAAAUUGUAAUGCCAGUGAAAUAACAUUAAAGUAUGGUGGAAUUAUGAAAAAAGUGAAAUACUGUGUACUAUAUGGAGGUAACAGAAAAUGUGACAAUAUAAACAUCCAUAUCAGCAGCUUGAGAUGUCAAGAUAUUGUAUUACUAAAUACUCCAGAAACAUGAAUCAAAUGUGUUUUUGUCAUUAACACUGCCGCUUUUUCCUAUCGAUCUUGAGACAAGAAGAUUGUGAAUGGUGAUAAAUCCUUAUCAGUAGUUAUAAUUACCAUGCAACAUUCAAUAUAAGGCCAAGGAAAUGUGAUGA